AUGCCGAGCAAACAACUACUGUAUGAACUGAGCCAGACUGUUUUUGAAUACAUGGAUUCUAACUUUCGAUUCCAUCACUCCCUACACCUGCCUUCGAUCCGUUCCAUCGAGAAAGGAACUCAUCUGAAAAUUAACGAACUGGCUCUCACAGACGCCCGAAUCUCUGUCAAUAAAACUAGAUAUGCACUCACAAUCAGCAUCGAUCGACAAUAUGAAAUCAGCAUGUCCGUGUUUCAUGAUGUCGAUGAGUUUGGAUUCAGAAGAAACACAAACGGUAUAAUGAUGAAUGGAGAUGUUCGUAUGGAAAAUGACAGUGAUGAUGAGGUAGAAGCAGUAAGAAGAAUUCGUUUGAGACAUGAGAAGUUGGGCCUGAUGGAGACGAUGAAAGAGAACAAGCGUCCUGAAUCCAGGCACACUUUGAAAUUGACAAUCAAACCUGAAAAUGGAGAGCCAAGGAUUUACAAAAGUUCAAAAAUCAUUAAAAUUUAUGAAGGAAUGAAAAUGCUGAUUGGUGUGAUAUUUGGAAAUCGAUCAGUGAUUUGGAAUGUAGAAUCCAUGUUUAUAUCGGCUGGCAACCUUCGUUGGAUUGCGUCCGGAGUAAAGCCAUUAGCUCGAAAUUUACAAGUGAUGGGUUAUGAUUCUGUCAAUUUGGAUGGUCUUCGAUCGAUAUGUCAUCCAACCAGUUUCCCCUUGAAAAGCCUCUGCUGUGCAGUAAAUCUCAGAAAUUUGGAUCACGAAAUUGUGGUGAAUACUGAAAAACUGCAUCUAUAUUCGGGAGGGUAUAUUUGUCAUAUAGAUCAACUUAUGAGAGUUUCAAAUUUAAAAGUUCGCAUGUUUCGGAUUCCUGAAAACCGCUUUGCUCGCUUAAUGAGCCUUUGGCUGGAAAACGGAAGACCAGUUGGGACGAGUUGGUCGUUUGAAGUUCAAGGGCUUCCCUUUCAAGGAGAGGAACCGUUGCGAUCUAUCAAACUGUCAAUUGGUCCAUCCUCCAUACUAUUCGUCUCCUAUGGUGAUCCAAUAUUCCAUCAAUCUAUUAACAGAAAUCAAUGGUCACUGAAAAUGGAAGUGCUCAAACUAUAA